GAGAUCAGACAGAGGUACCUGUCUGUCUCCUGUCUUUCAGACCAGUUUCAGUCAAACUGUCAGAGGAACCUGCAGAAUAUUCAGAUAGUUUGUGAAGAGCUAAGUCAUGAUGUCAGAUACCAGGGUGUCCUCUGUCAUACAGGAGUGGGCAAACUCAUACCCGGGUCAGGCUCACCCCCACACCCUGAACCCGAACACGCCAACCAAUCAGCUGGCUCAGAUGGACAUGGCAUACAGCCAGUCUCAGGGACUGGUGAGAGGGGGCAGUGAUGACAGAAUGUCUGAGCAGAUGAUGGGACUGUCUUACAUGCCGUACAUGUCUUCCUGCCUCAGCAACACCUUGAGCACGGGGAACACAAACCACCACCAAAGCAACGCCAACACUCAGCAGGAUUUCUCCUCCUUCCUCCUGCCAACUUUGCGGGCCCCAGUAAACAAGAGGAGCAUCAGCAAGGACAGUGCAGAGUACCGGCUGCGACGCGAGAGGAACAACGUCGCUGUGAGAAAGAGCCGGGACAAGGCUCGCAGGAGGAUCCUUCUGACCCAGCAGAGGGCCAUGCAGCUGCAGGAGGAAAACCAGAAGCUGCAGAUGAGGAUAGGGCAGCUGACACAGGAGCUGGACACUCUCAAACACAUCAUGUCACAGCGGCAUCUGCAGGGGGCUCCUGACGGAGCAGCAGGGGAGUCCAGUAUCUAGAACCACAUUUGUUCCUUGUGUUAAUUGUAGGCAUCAGAUUCAUUAUUAGUGUCUUUAGGCAGGCCUUCAAGUCUCCUUGUUGAUUUUUCAGAUCAGGCAACUAUUUGUAAAAAAAAAAAAAAAAAAAAGUCUCAGUGAUGUAGAAGAAGCAGAUUCAAAAAAUGAAGCAUUUUGUGGGGUUGUAAGGCUCAGUGUUAAAGGGGUUAGUUAUAGUUUCAUAUUGUAAAAUUGUGAAGAGGCAAAGCAUAACACACUGGCAGGGCUGAACCUACCUUUGAGGACACUGAUGUCAUGUCUUUUUUCUAGGGUUUUAGAUUUAAGACACAAAAUUUGCAGUCAUUUUUGAAACAAUGGGUCUUCAAUUUCACACAGAAGUUAUCAAAAGCAGCUUCUCACGUCUUUGGUGGGGCUGAAAUGAUAACUGUCGCUGGCAGCUAGCUAGUGUAAGCUAAAGCUACCGCUAAAACCCUGUAAAUCGGUUGAAAAUGCCAUCUGCAGCUGACUUUUUAAUGUUUCCAGUUGACUCUUUCUAAACAAAGUGGGUGUUUUAAGCCUUAACAGAUAUUUUUCUUGUAUACGGGUAACCUGCAACCCCACUUAAUAAUGCAGUUCACCCCAUGCCUUUGAAAAAAAUGUACAGGUUAUGCUCUUGUGAUUUUGGUUUUGUAAAGGCUAAAAAAAGACACACCACCCUUUUAAGAUACAGUGUUUCACUACAGCCCCAUAUGCAUACCUUCUGCGUGUGGAGCCAUCCACAACUUGACAGGUUGCUAUAGUUGGUUGUUAAGUCGGACGGAGGUUUAGCAAAUGGUCGAUUAAAUUCCUGGCAGUGUGGAGUAGGCUUUAAAACAGCAUUUCAUGGUGGGAAAUAACAGACAAACUGCAGUAACAUUUUACUGAAUACAUUUUUUAAAAUCCAAAUAAUUCUAAAUGAUAGACUUAAUUUUUGGUAUCUGGUCAGACUCUUUUGGGUGAGAAGGGAACAUCCUCAUGACCUCAGUAUUUUUGAAAUUGUGGCUACGGCCCUGCACACUUGACCUUUGAAUAAACGAAUGAAGCACCUGAACAGGAGAUCUUGGAGUCUCAAUAUAAAGUAGGAAGAUAUGUGGUGUUUAUGAAUGUAGAUGUCAUUGCAUAUUUUAAAAUGUGAGUGAAGAGACUGCAGAGCAGAAACUUUAUGCGAGUGGCAGAGUCUGUGCAUAUCAAGAUUUGUGAAAGCUGCAUUUACUUAAAUUGGGCAAAUUCCAAAAAAACUUUUCUGAAAGUUCCUGAAGACAUCUGCACAUACAUGCAUAAUCCUACAAAAAGAAGACCACUCUGCGCAUUAGACAGAUUUGUUACAUGUUUUGAUUCAACAAACAUUGCCUAAUCAUACCUGACACUUCUUGUCAUUGUCAGAGAUGAUUCUAAGUGUUGUUGCCCAACAAGGUUACACAACCACCUGUGGUUUGUAGGGGAUUCAAUGAAAUCUAAGCGUCUCUCUUUUUGUAUAUUACUCUUAUCUUUUGUCACUAAAUGAGUAUGGGAUUACUUGAAAUAUUGUUGACGCAGUUUUA